CUAGUGGUUGUAGCAGAGCACUAUGAAAAGAGCCUGGAAGACAUGUUAAAGCAGAAACCUCCAAGGAACUGCCACUGUGGAAAACAUAGGCUACUUGUAUGCUACCCUGGAGUUAUGAACUCUAGUACUGAUUUUGGCUUGAAGGUACUGAACAUUGCUUAUGAAAUACUGGAGGGGUUAGAGUACAUGAACAAUCAUGGCUUAGUACACAGAGCUUUGUCUCUCCACAAUGUCCUUAUGGACCAGCAGAGGCAUAUCAAGCUGGCGAAGUUUGGGCUGUAUCACAUGACUGCUCAUGGUGCUGACGUUGACUUUCCAAUUGGGUACCCAUCUUACCUAGCACCUGAAGUGAUUGCACAAGGGAUUGCCAGACCCAUGGAUCACACCCAGAAAGAGAAACCUUUUCCUUCUGGCCCAAAAUCAGAUGUGUGGUCUGUUGGUAUUCUACUCUUUGAACUGUGUGUGGGGAGAAAAAUUCUACAAAGUCUUGAGUUAUCUGAAAGGAUGAAAUUUAUUCUUUCACUGGGUUGUGUUGAUGACAUUGUGACAGUACUGGCUGAAGAACAUGGCUGCUUGGAUAAAGUGAAGCAACUGCCAGAGAACUGCAUAGCUCUGCUGAAAAAGUGUCUAACAUUCCAGCCAUCAAAGCGACCGACUCCUGCUGAACUGCUGAAGGAUAGUGUAUUCAGAGAGGUGUCUUCCUUACACAAACAGUACCAGAAGCCUACCAGUCUGUUUUCAUCUUCAUUGAGGUGUGCUGAAUUAAUACUCCCUGAGGAUAUCAGUGAGUUUUUCAAAGACGAAGAUAUUGAUUAUCUGACUGAAAGAUCAAUUGAUGAAGUCUACUACCUAUGGUGUUUAGCAGGUGGUGAUUUGGAGAAGGAGCUUGUUAACAAGGAGAUUAUUCAUUCAAAGCCUCCAAUUUGUACACUUCCAGUCUUUUUAUUAGAAGAUGGAGAGAGCUUUGGGCAAGGCAGAGACAGAAGCUUGCUUUUUGAUGACACAACUGUAACACUGCCAUUGUGCCAACUCAGAAAUCGAUUAAAAGAUGUAGCUGGUGAAGCAUUUUAUCCGUUGUUGGAGGAAGACCAGUCUGGCAUUCCCCAGUCAAGCAGUUAUAAUGAGCUGUCUGCAGCUGCCAGUCUACCCCUGAUUAUCCGAGAGAGGGACACAGAGUACCAGCUUCACAGAAUCAUUUUAUUCGACAGGCUCUUGAAGGCUUAUCCCUUCAAAAGGAAUCAAGUCUGGAAGGAGGCACGGGUUGACAUUCCUCCACUUCUGAGAGGUUUAACAUGGGCUGCACUACUUGGGGUAGAGGGAGAUAUCCAAGCUAAGUAUGAUGCCAUUGAUAAAGACACCCAGAUUCCAACGGAUAGACAGAUUGAAGUUGACAUUCCACGUUGCCACCAGUAUGAUGAAUUGCUGUCAUCACCAGAAGGUCAUGCAAAGUUUAGACGAGUACUGAAGGCCUGGGUUGUCUCCCACCCUGACCUAGUGUACUGGCAAGGUCUGGACUCCUUAUGUGCACCAUUCCUUUACUUGAACUUUAAUAAUGAAGCUCUGGCUUAUGCGUGCAUGUCUGCCUUUAUCCCCAAGUACCUGUUUAAUUUCUUCUUAAAGGAUAACUCACAUGUUAUUCAAGAGUAUUUGACAGUCUUCUCCCAGAUGAUUGCCUUUCACGACCCAGAGUUAAGUAACCAUCUUAAUGAGAUUGGCUUUAUCCCAGAUCUCUAUGCCAUUCCAUGGUUUCUCACAAUGUUUACACAUGUAUUUCCUUUGCACAAGAUUUUCCACCUCUGGGAUACUCUGCUUUUGGGCAAUUCCUCCUUCCCAUUCUGUAUUGGUGUUGCCAUCCUGCAGCAGUUGAGAGAUAGACUAUUGUCCAAUGGUUUCAAUGAAUGCAUCCUGCUGUUCUCUGAUUUACCAGAAAUCGACAUUGAGCGCUGUGUACGUGAGUCAAUCAAUCUUUUUCGCUGGACACCCAGAAGUGCUACUUACAGACAGCAUGCUCAGGUCCUGAAACCUUCAUCUGAAAAUAACGGUGUCUCCCGGUCUUUAUACGCUUUGUCAGAGUAUCAAGAUAAACCCAAAACUGGUCUGUCUCGUGAACCUGUAGACCUUAGUGAGCUGAAGACUGAGAUGUCUCCUAGAAUUUCUGCAGAAGAUCUAAUUGACUUGUGUGAGCUGACAGGAUCCUUUCAUUCCAAGACCCCACUCAAGAAAACCAAAUCUGGCAAGCCCAAGUUACUGGUGGUCGACAUUCGCAGCAGUGAAGACUUUAACCGUGGCCAUAUUCCUGGCAGUAUUAACAUUCCUUUCAGCUCAGCGUUUAGUCCUGAGGGAGAACUGAUCCAGUGUAGUGCUUCUGCCACCCUGCAGAGCUUCCGAGGACGGGCUAUUGUUAUUGCAGGAUAUGCAAUGAAUAGCUCAGUCAGUUUUGCUGCUUACCUGGUCAAGCAAAAAUACCCACGAGUCUGCAUUUUAGAUGGUGGUAUCAACAAGAUUAAACCAACGGGCCUACUGACAGUCCCUUCUCCACAGAUUUGAAAAGGAGUGAGCAAAAUGCCUGUAAUCAGAUACGUAGAGUCAGAACAUAAACAACUCUCUUAAUUUCAUCAUCAGAUAAGCAGAAAAUGUGCCACAAUCAAAGACUGUAAUGAGUCAUUAUGUACCUCAAUCGUUAUUUUGUGUAAUAAACAACAUGGACAUAUUCUCAUGCUCUUCCUCAAACACAGGGUGAGGCAGUCCUCAAACACAGGGUGAGGCAGCAGAAGAGUAAGCUGCAAAACUGAGCAAGAUGGUUUUCCUGAAAUCCACUCUCUUAAAAAAAUCUGAAAUGUUGUUUCUUGCUUUUGGGAUUAUUAAUUUGUUGUCUGUUUUUCACUGUUGUGAACAGUUACUCUUUAGAACUAUGACCUUUCUAAGCGGUAGUUAACUGCUGCUGUGUCAAACCACUAACUUUGUAUACUGAAGUAAAACUGUGAUGCUAUUAGAAAAACAGUUGGCAUUAGUAAAUGUGUUUGGAUUUUGAAGCCAGUAAUAUAUUUUCCUGGCUUUUAUAUUUCUUUGCUUUAAUACAAGGACUAUCAAGAAAACUGCAGUAAUGAGAAAUAGCUCUGAGUACCAAGACUUUUCAUGAAAUAAAACUAUAAAUGCAAA